CUCUAUUAUAUCACACACACAUUCUCCGGGAAGAAAAGCAGCUCACACUCAAUCGUCAGGGCAAAAAACACCAUCGCCAAAUGGCAGAUCAGGAACUGAGAGAGUAUCGGCAGAACGUUGUCGAAUGGGUUAGGGCAUUCCCGUCUAAUGUUCCUCGCUACAUCCAUGAACGCUUCCCAAUCAUCAGAUGGCUACCGAAAUACAGCCGAUCAUGGGCCAUGAAAGAUAUCGUCGCAGGCAUCACCGUCGGACUCAUUGUCGUGCCUCAAGGAAUGUCAUACGCAAAAGUCGCAGGUCUGCCUGUGCAGCACGGCCUCUACUCUGCCUACAUCGGCGCUAUCUUCUAUUGCUUCAUGGGCACAUCUAAGGAUUUGACCAUCGGUCCCACAGCGGUUAUUUCGCUGAUCACAGGCGAACUUGUCGCACAACUAGCCGGUCGAUACUCUCCAGCACAGGUCGCUGGUAUCUCUUGUCUCGCAGUUGGGGCUCUGACCAUGGUCCUGGGAGCUCUUCAGCUCGGGAUCAUCCUUGAUUUCUUUCCUUCGACCGUCCUGAUCGGAUAUACUACUGGGGCGGCCGCUACCAUUGUUAUCUCCCAGAUUCCUAAAUGGAUCGGCGUUUCUGGUGUGAACACUCGGGAGCCCCCAUACCUUGUCCUCAUCAACACCGUCAAGGCCCUUCCAACACUAUCAUGGCUCGAUCUAGCCUUUGGGCUGUUCUCCAUGCUGGGCCUCGUAGGCAUUGGCUACGUAGUUGACCGAUGGGGCAAGGGUCGAUUCUCGAUCCAACUGAUCAAGAUCUCGCGCUUCUUCAUCGUCACCGUCCUGGCGACGGCCUUCUCAUUCCUCGUCAACAUCAACGCGCCCUACGAUCUGGAAGGGAAUAUCAUUCCUCGGAUCUCGAUCCUCAAAACAGUUCCCAGCGGACUUCCUACAUCUCAGGCACCCAAACUGGACGGGUCUAUCUUGGUCGAGAUUGCACCCAAGCUGAUUGCGAUCGCGCUGGCAACCAUUCUGGAACACAUUGCGAUCGGAAAGGCCUUUGCACGCAAGAACCGGUACCAGAUCGACAGUAACCAGGAACUGCUGACACUGGGUCUGGCCAAUGUAACGGCGUCGUUCUUUGGAGCGUACACUGUCACGGGCUCGUUUUCGCGAUCCGCUGUCAAGUUUCAGUGCGGCGUCAAGACUCCGCUGGCGGGCCUUGUCACUGGCGCACUCGUUCUGUUGGCACUGCAAAUGCUGACACCACUGUUCUACUACAUCCCCGACGCAGCGCUCUCGGCAGUCAUCAUGGUCGCGGUCUCCAGCCUUGUCAGCUUUCCCGACGUGUUCAUGGAAUUUUUCGACGUCAAUCUCUGGGACUUUGUAUCUUCCCAGGUUGCGCUGUGGGUCACACUCUUCGUCUCUGUCGAGGUGGGCAUCGCCGCCGGCGUAGGGUUCUCUCUCGUCGUCCUCCUCUUCCGCGUCGCCCGCCCUCAGAUCCAUCUUCUACAGCCACUUAGGACCCGCCCGGAUGUCUUUGUGACCUCAACGUACUCCACCAGCAAGAUUAUGGACACCGUCAAUCUACCUCCGGGCGUCCUUGUCUUUCGUAUGGAAGAGGGGGCCACGUUUCCCAAUAUGGAGACAUUCAAGACAUGGGCCCAGGACCAAGUUUAUAAGCACACUCGGUUCGGAGGUUUGACCAAGACCGCCCAUGAUCGACUGUGGUCCGACGAUCUGGAGAUCCACAUCCGACGACUGCGGGCACAAAAUCAACACUCAAGCCUGGUGUCUUUGGAAGACAAGGAUCUGUCCUAUUUGCGCGCUGUCAUCCUCGACUGCUCUGCGAUGAAUAACAUCGACAGCACAGGACUACAGGGUCUCCGGGACCUACAUGAAAAUUUGAAGGACUAUGCAGGUGCACGCGACGAUCCAGAGGUGUUCUUCGAAUUGCAUUUUGUAGCCGUUCAGGAUAAUGUGCUCCCGAUCCUUGAGCGCUCAGGGCUGACGACACCUAGCCCCGUCCCAGGAUCCACGCGACUGCGAAAAGUCCAGGUGUUGAGCCGCGAUUUUAGGUCUGUGUCCGCGCUCGACUCUGUCGUCCAUCUGACGAUUCGAGAUGCUAUUAACGCGGUGCUGCGGCACGCAGAGGUGUGGAAGAGGGCUUUGAACGAGGAUACGAUACUGGAGAUUGCUGACAUGGGUGGAUCGGGCAGCUUCAUAUCCGACUCGGAUUCGGAUGAAGACUCGCUUCACAAACAGCCUUCGACACACGAGCUCCAAUAUAUCUAG